CUGCAAAUGAAUCUGUGACGUGAGUGCGAAUCUCAUGUUGUGAGUCAGAGCUGGAUAGAAUGAGGAUCAACGAAAGGACUUGUAUCAUCGGCACCAAUGUGGUCUUGGUGCCGUACAAAGAUUUUCAUGUUCCCAGAUACCAUGAAUGGAUGAAGUCAACCGAGUUGCAGGAACUAACCGCUUCAGAACCAUUAUCCCUUGAAGAGGAGUAUGAGAUGCAAAAGAGCUGGUUUCAGGAUGAGAAUAAAUGUACAUUCAUCAUGCUGGACAAGGGCAAAUGGGCAUCAAGUACCGAUGAGAUUGAAAGCAUGUGUGGGGAUGUGAAUCUGUUCUUCAAUGAUCCAGACGAGCCCUCUAUAGCUGAGAUUGAGAUAAUGGUGGCAGAAUCAUCCAGUCGUGGAAAGGGGUUCGGCAAGGAGGCACUUCUCAUCAUGAUGCACUAUGGUAUGGAUUCCUUGAAGGUAUCUAGAUAUGUUGCAAAGAUCGGAGAGAAGAACAAGGUCAGUCUUGGGCUCUUCAAAAAACUAGGAUUUCAGGAGACUUCUGUCAGCAAAGUUUUUCAAGAGGUGACCCUUGAACUUGAGGUCAAAGGUCAAUUCCAGGACUGGCUGAGGGAACAGAUGAGUCACUUACAGAUUGUGCAUCUCAACCAAGAAGACGCAAGACCACGCCCAUGCAGCACCAGGGAUCUGACCGCCUUCAAGCGUCGUGAGUCUACCGCCGCGUCGCGUCUAGAUCUGCACGAUCAAGGAGCCAGUCUGAUUGACUGGAUUCAUCUUCAUCGGUCUAUCUCACAGCUGUUUGUGAGCAACUGA